GCGUAGGGCGUUAUCUCCACCCGGGUGUGCGCAGGAGUGUGCCGCGUGGUCCAGUACAUACCCACAGGAAACAGUCUGCUGGGUUGCUGUACAGAUAUGUAACCAGCAGACACGCAUGUAACUGAUCCGCCACCAAACAAAGAUACACCGAAAAAUGAAACGCCUACUCUUUCCCUGACACCACCCAAAACAUCUGAGGUAAAGGAUGUCCCAUAUAGGGAGAGAGAGAGGAAGGGUACAAAAAAAUAAAGGGUGGUGGUAUCCAGCAAACCAGUCGGAGUCUCGUUGAGACCUGGGUGGCCUUUGUCCUAGUUACCCUGUAAAGGUACUUCCUUAGUCAGACAUUACCGCUGGUGUAUACAAUUCUAAGAUGACUCCAGAAGAGAUGUUCGAGUGCAUGGAUUUGCUACAAAGAUUAAGUGAUAAGGACCUGUCGUCACUGAAAGAGACCAUAGUUGGACGACAACUUGCUGUGGAAAGCAGGGACCAGACCAUAAGAUUAAUCCUACAAUGCUCUCCAAGUGCAGAAGAACUACUUCAGCGCAAAAAAAUCCGUCGUGAAAUUCUUUUUCAAUAUCUAGUAUCCAAGUCUCACCCUGUUGGAUCAUCAGUAGAGAAAUCCGACUUGAUCAAAAGAAUACUGGCUUUCUGGGGUUCUCUGCAGCAAGUGUACACAAACUUACAGGCCACUGCAAUCAAUACCAGUCUGGCAAUGCCUAUGUCACAACGAUCAACAUUAGGGAUAGCCACUGCUUCAAGCCAGCUGCAGAAAGAGACACCUCUAAAAAGGAGCAACAAUAAGGACUCAAAGAAUCAAAAAAAUCCAAAGGCUACCGCUUCCAACACCUCUCUGGCAACACCUGCUUCACUGAGAGCAGACUUGGCAACAUCUACUGUUUCUAGCAAUCCACUUCAAGAAACACCUGUAAUCCCUAUAUAUGGAGGCAUAGAUAUGGACAAUUUUUUGAAGGAAGUUGUGGCUAAUGCUUGUAAGGCAGCAUCUGCUUCACAAAUAGACCCAGGCACAGCCCCUGCUUCAAACCAGCCACUGAAAGAGACAGCUGUAAAAGAAAGCAUUUAUAAAGAAGACCUAAAGAAGAAAGGAAACCAAAAGAAAUCAGCCUCAGGAACAGACACUGUUUCAAACCAGCCACUGCAACAGACACUUCUACAAAAAAGCUUUUAUGAAGAUCCAAAGAAUCAAAGCAUUCCGCAGUCCACUACAGUCAGUACCAGUCUGGCAACACCUACUUUACAAAGAUCAACAUCAGAAACAGCCAGUGCUUCAAGCCAGCUGCAGAAAGAGACUCCUACAAAAAUAAGCAUUAAUGAAGAGCAAAAGAAGAAGAAAAAAGUAAAGAAAUCCGCCUCAAGUACAACCACUGCUUCAAACCAGCCGCUACAAGAGACACCUCUACAAAGAAGCUUUCAUGAAGGGACAAACAAUCAAAGCAUUCCACAGUCCACUACAGUCAGUACCAGUCUGGCAACACCUACUUUACAAAGAUCAACAUCAGGAACAGCCAGUGCUUCAAGCCAGCCGCAGAAAGAGACUUCUACAAAAAUAAGCAUCAAUGAAGAACAAAAGAAGAAGAAGAAACCCAAGAAAUCAGCCUCAGGUACAACCACUACUUCAGACCAGCCGCCACAACAGACACCUCUACAAAGAAACUUUUAUGAAGUCACAAACAAUCAAAGCAUUCCACAGUCCACUACAGUCAGUACCAGUCUGGCAACACCUAGUUUACAAAGAUCAACAUCAGAAACAGCCAGUGCUUCAAGCCAGCUGCAGAAAGAGACUCCUACGAAAAUAAGCAUUAAUGAAGAGCAAAAGAAGAAGAAGAAACCCAAGUCCACUACAGUCAAUACAAGUCCAGCAAUACCUGCUUUACAAAGAUCAACAUCAGAAACAGCCAGUGCUUCAAGCCAGCUGCAGAAAGAGACUCCUACAAAAAUAAGCAUUAAUGAAGAGCAAAAGAAGAAGAAAAAACCCAAGCCCGCAACAGUCAAUACCAGUCUAGCAACACCUACAUCACAAAAAUCAACAUCAGGAACAGCCAGUGCUUCAAGCCAGCUGCAGAUAGAGACACCUAACAAAAGAAGCAUCAAUGAAGACCAAACGAGUAAAAAGAAACCUAAGAAAUCAGCCUCAGGUACAACCACUGCUUCAGACCAGUCGCCACAACAGACACCUCUACAAAGAAGCUUUUAUGAAGGCACAAACAAUCAAAGCACUCCACAGGCCACUACCAGUCUGGCAACACCUUCUUCACAAAAAUCAUCAUCAAAAGCAGCCACUGCUUCAAGCCAGCCGCAGAAAGAGAAACCGAAAAAAGGAAGCAUUAAUGAAGAACAAAAGACUAAAAAAAAACCAAAGUCCACUCCAGCUAAAACCGCUUUGACAACACCUACUACACAAGGAUCAGCCUCAGAAACAGCAAUUAUUUCAAGCCAGCCUCCUAAAAAGGCACCUGUAAAAAAAAUCUCUAAAGAAGGCCCAAAGAAGGAAAAAAAUCUGAAGAGACCAGCCUCAGAAAUGGAGACUGCUUCAAGUCAGCCGCUGCAAGCGACACCGGUAAAGAAAAAACCAAAGAAACCAAAAAUUAAAGAGGCCACUUCAUCUGACACCGGUUUGGUAACACCUUCAACCUCAGGAAGACCCAGUGUUUCAAACCUGCAGUCGCAAGAGAAACCUUCAAGGCGCUUCGAUGAGGACCAAAAUAACCAAGCCACACACAAUUUCCAACAAAACUCAGACAAUCAAGACAAUGAAAAUCCACAGAGUAAAGAAACUGGUAAAUGCAUAUUGUCAUGAUCAUUCACCAGACAGUCAGUGUUUUAAGAACUGUAGCUGUCAUAUCUCUUAUGUGAAGUCUUAUAUAGAAUUUGCUAGAGAUUUAUUCAUGUCUUCCACUUGCUCUUACCUCUAAAAGCUAACCUUUCUGCCAACAGUACCUUGAUGAUGGAUCUCUGGCAUUUGAUUAAUCACAAGUAAUAUUGUAGUCUCCUAAUAGGCUUUGUCAGCCACAUGUACAUACAAGAGAGAGGAGUGCUUUGACAGCACAGCUGUUUGUGUAGACAUAGCUAUGUGAUAGUUCUGUAUAUCUGAAACAAUUCAUAUUGAAAUAUUCCCGGUGCUCAGUGAGUUAAGCACCCUAGAUCACAAGUAUUAUUUGCACCUUUACAAUCAACUUGUCUUCUAUUGACUGGACUUUAAAAGCUUCCUAAAGUUUUAGAAAAUUGAACAUUUUGUCUCUCUAGUUUUUGUUGCUAGAAAAUGCAUUUACUAUUUUAGUUUUGCUUGUUUGUGAAAACUUGGUCUCUACUUUCUCUUUAUUUCUUUCAAUUUUAACAAGCUUCAAGAAUCCAUUAUCCAUGUGGAAAAUGACAGCUGUCUCAUUCAUUACCUUUCAGCCUUUUAAUUAUAAGUCUCGUGCUCAUAUUUAGCAUGCAAACUACUUUUCAUAUUGUUUCUCAGAAUUGUAAUUUGAGAAAUAUUUUCUUAAAUAACAGACAAUUUAGUGCUUAAUAUUUUUCAAAUUUGUGUUAUAACCGUACGUUGAAAGUCCUACUGGGACAAAAGUAUUAUGGGUAGCACCAUGGAAUUCCAAAGUUACUAUGUAAUGAGGUCUAGUAAUGCCAGAAAGAUCAUGUUAAUGUUAGGUGACCACGAAGUAGACUCAAAAUAGUUUACAGUUCUUGUCCAGAAAAUGUAUGUCGAUUUUAAUGUUGUUCAUUAUAUUAUUAGUUAUAUUAUCAUGAAACGAGUAUUAUUCAAGAUUUUGUUUCCUCUGUGCCUUCUAUGUUACAUAAAUGCUUAAAAUAAAAUAAAAAAUCAGUGAGCAAAUACA